CAUCGCCGUUCCUGCAUCUUCUGUGUGGCUGAGCCCUCGACCCCACCUAAUCCACACAAGUACCCCUCCAUCCCACCAUGUCCUUCCGAGCUCUCUCAUCUUUCACACGCAUCUCCGCAACCCACCUCCGCACCCCCAUUACAUCUACUCCCAUCAAACACUUCACUACCACCACACGCAACAUGGGUGUCCAGAAGACCAUUCUCGUCGAGGGCGACGGCCCGUCCCCCCAGAAGGGCGACACCGUCACCAUGCUGUACACGGGCUGGCUCAAGGAGGCUGGCAAGAAGGACAGCAAGGGCAAGCAGUUCGACACGACCGAGAAGCCUGGCCGCGGGCCGUUCAAGACCCCCAUCGGUGUUGGCCGCGUCAUCAAGGGCUGGGACGAGGGCGUUGUCCAGAUGAAGCUCGGCGAGAAGGCGAGGCUUGAUAUCAGCUCUGACUACGCCUACGGCAGCCAGGACGUCGGCGGCGGUCUGAUUCCCGCCAACUCGGAGCUCAUCUUCGAGGUUGAGCUCAAGAAGAUCAACUAGAAAGGACACAGCGAUGGACGGGACAUUGGACAUGGACUAGAAGCUAUCGAACUGAGUAGCAGGAACGGCUGAGAGGUUGUUUCGGGGCUUGUUCGUAGGCAGCAUGAGUUCAGUCCUGCUGGAUGCCGUCGAUGCAGACGCUGAUUCCAAGCAGUAGCUGUCGUCUAAUGAACACCUCUCCCAUGAUUAUUAGCCGUGCCUGUCCUCGUGCAAACCUUGUCCCUCGAGUGUUGGGCUUGACGCGUAGCACGUCCGCUGAGAAAGCCAGGCGCUGCGCAUCGAUGAAUUGAUUGUGACACGUGGAAG